GGUCAAGCUGUCGUCGUUCGAAUCUGAAUAUGGCGGCAACCGAAAAGGAUAUGGCGGAGUCAUUGCCACCACUUUCAGCGGCGGAGUUCAAAAGAUAUAACCACUUGGCAGAGAUGAUGGAGUACUAUGUAUGGGAAACAUGAUAUUCCGAUACCAUUUGCUCACCGGUGCCUAGCACAACCAUUUCCGACAGUCGUGGACCACUUUGCAUGACGCUUGUAAGGCCAACAAGCGGCCUGCGGGCAUGUCCAUUCGUCAAUUUAUCCAACUUGGACUCGAAUUUUGCACGAAGCUUAGUGUACGAUACGUCCCUCAGUUAAGUGUUUGAUACCAGCUGACCGUUCUAGAUGCAUCAUAGCAUUGAAGAAUCCUAUGUCUUCCCAAAGUUGGCGAAACGGAUGCCUUCAUUCAAGCGCCAUAUGUCGAGGAAGCUAGCAGAUGGUUCCACAGAUGGUCCUGAGCUACUAAAUCAGCAUGACCUCAUUCAUCCGGGUUUGGAGAGAAUGGAGGCAUAUCUGGAGGGCUGCAGGAAUGGUGAGCAGGAGCUGAGGUUGAAGGAGUUGAAGGCCAUCAUGGACGAGUUCGGGAACAUCCUAUGGACACAUAUGAAGGAAGAAGUGGAUGAACUUACCGCUGAGAAUAUGCGGAAAUAUUGGAAAAUCGAGGAGAUGGAUCAACUCCGAUUCUAAAG